AUGUUGCGGAAAGUUAAGAUAGUACCAAAAGUGGGAAACAAUUCAUUUGAAAGCCAUUACCAAAGCCUUUUCGAGGAGUUGUCUGCAAUAGGAUCGGGAGGUUUUGGGACAAAUUUAAGAAAACUUAAUUCGGAUUUUGUGGUCCAAUAUAUCACUUCAUGGCCUGAAAGCAAACACCUCUACAUUCAGAUGGAGUUCUGUUCACAGAAUCUAAAGAAUAUUCUCGAAAUUAAGCCAAAUAUAUUUAACAGACAGUCAGGAGAUCCCAUGAAUUGUGUCGAGUAUUUCAUUUCGUGUGAAAUAUUCCGUCAGAUCUUAGAAAGUGUUCAGUAUUUGCAUGAAUUGAGUCCAAAGAUCAUUCACAGAGACCUCAAACCCGACAAUAUAUUGAUUGACGGGAACGGAAGGAACGGUAGAUUUGUUAAGUUAUGUGACUUUGGUUUGGCUACAGAUCACGACAAAGACAUUAAUUAUAAAACUUACAAAAAGCACACCUCAGGGGUCGGAACCAUGAGAUAUAUGGCACCAGAAGUACUUCAGGGCUAUAAAUAUGACCACAAAUCGGAUGUCUAUUGUCUCGCAAUAAUUGGUUCAGAAGUAUUGGAUUUCGACUUAUUUUUGAUUGACUUAAAUGAUUUACAACACUAUUCACAAAGGGAUGACAUACUGAACGCACCGGUAGUUAAAUUAAAGCGAAUUCUGGUGUCAAUGGCUUCGACCCCAACGUUCAGUCAACGGCCCGACUGUUCACAAGUACUGCGAGAAUACAGCGAAUGGUCUGUCGAUCGGAAUAUUCUGAGGAAAAUAAAUUAA